UUUCUCCCCAUUGCCUGGUCCAGUCUCUGAAUCCCAGUCAGAGUUAUGUGCUAAUUGGACUGGGGGCAGGGAAAGGAAAUGCCAACCCCCCUUCUCUACUCUAUAUCAGCCCCCACCCUCCCCCAGCCCUGGAUCAGGAAGCCAAUUCUCCAGAAGACAGGAAGUUCCUGGAGGCAGGGAGAUGCACCCUGGCACCCCAGCUACCUCAGGGCUCCCUGAACCCGCACCCCAGGAGCUGUGCGCCUUCGUGAGUGGGGUGGCUGCCCGAAUCCUGAGGACCCUGCAGCCCCGGAAGGCUCGGGCCCCCCGGAGAAAGCCCAACCACCGGAGAUUCCUCUACAAUCAGUUGUGCAGGAGCUUUGCAGAUAUUGAAGAAGCCACUCGACACUUGGCCCUGACUGUCCUGUCCCAAGGUGGCCCGGGCCCCCAGCCCAAGCCCCGGCUCCAAAGGCCUCCCUCACCCUUCCUUGGGGUGGCCCAGGCCCUGGCUGCCCCUGAGAAUCCUGGGCCUGGGCUGGCCCUGAGUCCCAGGGCUCUCCAGAGCCCAACCCAUGACUUUUUGGAGAUCAUUCCUCUGAGCCCUGGUCUGCAAACCCUUGGCCCUUCCCUUCUUCCUCCAGUUACCGAAGACCCCUCCAUGCUUGCCCAGAUGCCUCCUGACCCCUUUGAAAUUCCUCUAAUGAGCCCUUACCACUCCUCAUUCCCUCCAACUCCUGCCUCCUCCUUGUUUAUGCAGGCUCCCCAUCUCCCCCCAAUGACCUUUGGCCCCACGGACCUGUCCAACAAUGGUGUAGGGAUCCAUUACCAGGACCCAGGUCAAUGUCUUCCCUCCCGACCCAUGCCCCUGGACACCCUAUCCCCCCAUACCCUGGGGGUCUUGGAAGGGACCUGGCCUGCUGGGGACCCUGACUGUGGGGAUGUGAUGUGCUGGGCUGCUGAGACAGGCCGAUCCCCCACCUGCAGGAGACCAGAGCUGGGGACCCUCUGAGCUCGAGUCUGGGUCUCUUUGAUCGUGUCUCUCAGCCUCUUGUCUCCCUCAGUCUCAGAGCCUCCAGUUCAGUCUGUGUAAUUAGACGCGCGGUUUCGUCUCCGCCCCCUCCUCUAUUUAAUACUCCCUCGCUGGGUUUCUUUCGUCCUGGUCAGUUUCUCCCUUCAUCGUCUCCCUCAUCUUUCUAAUACCGGUCUCUAUUCACUCAGUCCUCUCUGGAGGUCGCUUCUCGAGGGCCGGGGCUGCUUCUCCAUCCCUUCCUCCAUUCCCCCCCCAACCCUCCCUUCCCCCACCCACCCACCCAGCUUGCCCCUAGCUCUGGGCCCAGAACUCAGCAGGUGCAUAAUAAAUAUUAGCGGCUGAAUUGGAGUGGUCUCUUUCCUCCACGCACGCGCAGAUAUGCUCCCGGUGCCAAGUAUGGGAUGGGCGAGGGUAAUUAUUCCGCUAGGAGACUAGUGACGUCACCACGCUUCGAGACUCCUCAUUGGUCAGUGGGAGGGGGCUCCCGGAGCCCCGGCUCGGUCCUUACCAGGCCCUUAUGACCUUGGCCCUCACGCCCAGCCUAAACGCCAGGCUCCAAGAAACCUCCUGAAGCUCUCUCCACCUAUGGCUAGGUAGGGAUCAGAGGUCAGCGGACCUGGCUUCUCUUUUUCCUCAGACUUUUUUUCCUUACCUCCGCCUCUCCAGGAUUUCAGGUUUCUGAUUGGUGGAGCGGGGCCUACAGCUAGCCAAUGGGGGUGCCUAGGGCGG